AUGAGCCGACAUCGCAACGUCCGGAACCGCGCGUACUCGUACGACGAUGAAGACUACGAUGACGACUACGACUACGACGAGCCGUCCCCUAGUGCCCAAUCGCACAUGUAUCGUCGGGACUCGCCCACGAAGCAGAACUCGGUCUUUUCGUUCUUGGACACCCAACCGACGCAUGGCGAGGAGGGCUCGUUCGACGACACAGAGUUGGCGCUGCCUUUGAUCACCCAAAUCCGCGCCACGAUCGAUGUAUCGCAACUCUCGGACACCUUUCUCCUCGACCAAGUUCGCGCGCAAAACUACGACUUGGACAAAACGAUCAUCAGUCUCAUGGAGCACAAAAAGAAAACGACGUCUCAAAUUGCUGUCAAGGCGCUGCCGACGCAAGUUGUCAUUCCCAAGGUGCAAGCGCUCUCGAUCAGCGAGAAGCAACAACAGACAACCGUCAAGGCGCCAGCCACCGCCACCGUAGCCCCCCCUGCCAAAGGCGGAGCCAGCUCGGCAGCGCCUGUCGCCGCGCCGACAUCGACAACCUCUACUGGCAGCGGCGUUUACCCGUCGGCCCUGACACCGGCCGAGCGUGCAACAUUUGAGAAGGCGGAGCGGGCAGCGCAAGAAAAAGGCGCGGCGGCACUUACGACGCAGCAACAAGACGGCAAGGCCAAGAUUAGUAUGGUCGUGAUUGGACACGUCGACGCUGGCAAGAGCACCAUCACCGGCCACCUUCUCUUUCGUCUGGGAUACGUGAGCAAGCAAAUCAUGCACAAGUAUGAAAAACAGAGCCGCGAGGCCGGGAAAGCAUCGUUCGCGUUUGCAUGGGUCAUGGAUGCCGACGAAGAAGAGAGAUCGCGCGGAGUGACGAUGGACGUUGGCACGUCGUAUUUUGCCACGCCAUCCAAGCACGUAACGCUGUUGGACGCGCCUGGCCACCGCGAUUUCAUUCCCAAGAUGAUUGCCGGCGCUUCCCAGGUACUGCAACGUCCUGCCGAUCGCCACGGAUUCAUCUCGACUAGGCUGACGUGGCGGUGCUGGUCGUACCAGCCUCGACGGGCGAGUUCGAGGCGUCGUUUGAGCGCGACGGUCAGACCAAGGAACACACGCUCCUCGUGCGCAGCCUCGGCGUGA